ACUUGUAAAAAUGUUUGUCAAGAGUGUGGCAUCACGAUGUUGUUGCGGCAGCCUAGUGUGCACCCCAGACCCCCGCCAUGCCUAACAAGUGGAACUGGCAAAUAAUCAACAGAGGGCGCCAUGUUUAAUGUGCGCAAUGGACACUCGGGGUGAUGACAUAGUUUGUCAGUGUCACAAGAAAACACUACCGGUGUUCUGCAAUUCCUUCCUACGUGGCAAGACGUCCAACACAUGCGCACAUCGCCUAAAUGUGGCCAAAAAGACAAGCCAAACAAGCUGACGACGGCUACUGGGACUGUAGCGUCUGCACCUUUAGGAACACAGCCGAAGCUUUUAAAUGCAGCAUCUGCGAUGUGAGGAAGGGCACAUCAACAAGGAAACCCAGGAUCAACUCCCAGCUGGUGGCCCAGCAGGUGGCCCAGCAAUACCCGAUGCCGCCCCCUGCCAAAAAAGAGCGACGGGAGCGAAGUGAGCGCACAGACAGAGAGCGGGCAGACGGCGAAGGAGAUGGCACCAUCGGGGAACCUCGCCACGAAGGCGACCGUCCGGAGAUCGUGAGGCCCGGCAUAGACACGCCUCUUCCCGACAAGGACAAGAGCGACACGGAGCAUCCAAUCCAAGACAAAGCAGACAGAGAGAAAGACAUCGUCCCGGCCGUUGCAAAAAAGCCAAGUAUUAAAAGGAGACCCAAAUCAGACAACCAUCAGAGUCCGCCCAGCGACAAACAGAGUAUACAGUCCGGCAAAUCAGCAACUAAGACCAACAAGAACAAUCACAUUUCCAGGCCAAAGCUGAAGAACAUCGACCGGAGCACGGCACAGCAGCUGGCCAUCACCGUGGGCAACGUAACGGUUAUCAUAACAGACUUUAAGGAGAAGAGCCGGUCCUCGUCCACCUCCUCAUCCACGAUCACAUCGAGCGCAGGCUCCGAACAGCAGCACCAGAGCUCCGGCUCCGAGAGUAUGGACAAAGGCUCGUCACGCGCCUCCACGCCUAAAGGGGAUCUAUCCGCAGGGCACGACGAGUCCUUCUGAGGGCCCCUUUUUCCUUUGGCCCCACCCACUCAACCCUCUUUUCACCCCAUGUUAAUGGACACUAUGGAUCCCUGAGGGGGAGAGACUUCACCUUCCCCAAGGCCAUGACCAACCUGGAUGUGGAAAGGUGCUGGCAUGGAGCGAGCAAGUUAGUGCGUCGCGCCUAACAGAAACAAAAGGAACCGCGGACUAUAAAGAGUUAACGCCCAUGCUAGCGUCAAGACACUUGUAUGUAUUGUUUUAUAUUUGGACGUGGAUGUGAGGCCAACUUUUUUUGUCGUUUUUUUGUCGAGAACAUUUCUCCGCCGGGCACAAUAACCACCCUCGUUUUGUUAUUAUUUGUACCCUUAUUUAUUACCUGUUGCACCUGUAUACUUUGAUAUUUUGUCGUGUUGAAGCUUGGCUGCGUAGCUCUGCCGACUAAUCGUUCCCUUAGUGUUUGCAUUGCAGUUUGAAAUUUUUCCAGACCACACACACACACACACACACCAACACAGCAAGGUGCUAGAUACACUGUGAAAAGUUUUGCAGAUCUCCCAAUCACUUUAUGUGAUGAAGAAUCAGAUUGUCACUCCCUUUUCCGCAACAGUACCGUCUACUCAGAAAACUGUCGGGACCGUUCUCGUGGUGACUGUGCACAUCAGAAGUCCAAAUAAUCAUUUUUCAAAUAAUAAGGUAUUGUGUCCUUAACUGUACAGUGUAGGCUGUUGUGUAAAACACUAAAAGCUGUUGGUAUUUGGUCCUUUAUGUAGUGCAAAUGUUGAGUUUCCGACUCAAAUUGAAGUGGUGCGGCUCUUAAGUUGGACUUUUCCUGACGACACUGAAGGACGGUUACACACAGUCCCGCUUGGUGAAACCUUAUGGAACUGUCGAACACACCUCAACAUAUGAUAUCGUUAUGUUGUGACGCCUAAAAAUCCUGAUUGAAAUGAGUGCAAAUACGUUUUUAUUGACCAUUUGACAAGUUAAAAUCACAAAGACAUGCUUAAAGGGUUCUAAUUCACUUCCACCAAUAGCUGAUAUGAGAACAACCUAAUUUCCUUUAACUGUAUGAAAUUGUAUAAAGAAUAAAUGUGUAUAUGAUAUCUUAGUUUUAUUUAUUGAAGGACCAAAGGAAUUUCAUAUCGACAAGAUACAUAGAUGAAUAACAAUUUGAAAUGCGGUUAUUGCAAUUAUCUAAUGUUUGAGAUGAAUAACAGUUUAAAUAAAUAAAGACUAAUAUAAUCCAUGUUAAUGGUGUUCUUAUUGUUCACUCGUGCUGUGCCCAGCACGUCACACUGGACACAUGCCAAUGGUGAGAGGCAGGCUGAGUGAACCCACAUAACCCUAGAUGUAGUCCCCCCCCUCACCCCCACUCGAGCCCUCGCCUGCACACCACCCCAGUUUAGGUGUGACUGAGAUCCAUCCCAGCAGGGCACAGUUUUACGUGGGAUAAUCAUUUUGUAACCCAUAUAAUUUUUUCUUUUGCUCUUAAAAAUGGUUAAAAUGUAAUCAUGUAUUUUAUUGUGUACAAAUUAUGCCAACAGUGUUCAAUGUGGGGAGAAGCCAGGAGAGUUUAGUGGGCUGAAAAUGUUAGAUUUUUACACAAAAACACCCAGUUUUGUAAUGCAAUCUUUCUGAAAUGGGCCUAAAAAGCCAUCGUCUCACUUGCCUUCUCUACAACCACGUAGUACCGCAAGUGAAAAGAUUUGUGUUAAAUUAUUGACAAGUGGCCACUUGAGUAUAUAACAUUGCUUGUACAUAGAAUUUUAAAAUCUGCAAACACUAUGAAAUGGCAUUGAAGCUGAAAUCUUUUGUUCCACUUUUCCUUUCCGCGCAAGCAGUUCUGUUCUUGUGUGCGACCAGUAACCUUAAUUUACUGUGUAAAGAUGGUUACAUUUUUUUAGGUUUGUUUGUCAGAGAUCCAAAUAUAGAAUGCUUGUUUACUGACUGUAUAUCUUAAACGUGAAUUCCCAUCUCAGUGUAUUAUACAAACUCAUUUCCUCCUAUAAGAUGUCUUGUACAAUGCUUUUAAAACUUAUUGCUCUGUUGAAAAGAAAUGUGGAAACAUUUGUAGAACAGUACAAUAAUCCAUUAUUUGUUUAAUCAUUUAAGUUGAACUUUUUGGGGUUUGUUUGACUUCUAGCUGAUGUGUCAUUGUUUCCCCUUGUGAAAUGGUCACAUUCUGUUUCUGGUGUGGAAAUGUACGUAGCAUUUUCAGCAGAUCACAGCUUCUUGUCCAGCUUCUAAUGUUGAAAUACAACAUGUUCCUGGCAUGUGCACGACUUUGCGCUUAUAGGCUAAUCUGAUCAUUUUUCUUCUUGCUUCAAAUAGAAAUGUCUAUUUAUGAAUUUUGCUUGUAGUUUUUCACAAAUAAAAU